UACUGUUUGAAAGAAGAAAGAAAAACAAAAAAACGUUGUCAACACGUGCUAUUUGUAGUUUGAUAAUUAAAUUUAUUAUGUUUGCAUUGGCCGAGUUGAACUUAAAUUUCGAACCCUUGCGAAAUUGGCAAACGCUGCUGGUGGCGCGUCUCAAGCCGCCGGAAAGUGGCUAAGAUAGCAGCAGCAACAGCAACAACAACAACAAUAACAACGACGAAUUUAAAGUCCAAAACGAACGAAAAAAUAACUAAACGAAAGGCAAACGCAAAAGCCAAAACGCGAAACGAACGAACUAUAUAUAUAUAUGAUAGAUAUAUGUAUAUAUAUAUAUAUAUAUAUAUCUUUUGGCGCCCAACAACUCAAGAGCAACGACUACAACAACAACAACAACAACGACAACAUUAUUACAAUUUAAAGCUUUUCCAAGAAAAGUUCGCUGUAAAUAUUUAAUUUAACACACAGAAAAUUUGCCAGCAACAGCUGCUGUUAGUUUUUUUUUUUAAAUUAAUAUUGUUUAUUUAUACACAUAUUGUUUGUUGUUCACUUAUAUUGUUAAACGACCAGAAGCCAAUACGAAUUUACACAAGCUAGUCACAAAAGAAAAAGAAAACUAAAAAGCCAAUCAAUAGUUAGUUAACUGUGCGUAUGCGUAAUAUCUGAUACGUAUACUUAAUAUUUACUAAGCGAAACCCUCUAGUCUAUAAGCCACGCGCGUUAUGAUGAAAAAUCUCAAUGGUAGAGCGCAUAAUGCGUGCUACCAGCCCUACUAUCAGCCACAGUUGCAGCAUCAGCAACUGCACCAGCAGCAACAUCAGCUGCAGCAGCAGCAACAACAACAACAGCAGCAACAGCAAUUGUUACGUCAGCAACAGCCCACGCAGUCAGCCUACCAGCAACAAAAUGCAAAGCAAUCAUAUGGUCAUAACAACAACAACAACGCCAACAUGGCGCGCAGCAAUAUGCACGCAACAACAGUUGCUGCUGUGAAUGCUAACGGCAAUAGCCACGCCAACGCCAACACGGCGACAGCCGCGAUGGCAGCCAUGUGCCAAAUGCAAAGCUUUUUAAGUCAGCAGCAACAACAGCAACGACAACAACAACAGCAGCAGCAGCAGCAACAACAACAGCAACAACAACAGCUGCCGACGGUAGCAACAACAAAUGGCGAUAAAUUAACAUUGGAUAGUGCCAGCGAAAUUGCUAAUUUUUUGGCUAAUGAGCUUUUUAUGCAGCAGCUCGUUACAUUUGAUGGCAUGCAGAGUGCCCCGACGCUGACAACGCCAACGCUGACGCCGACUACGCUGCGCACCAUUGAGGACACGAUCUAUGAGCUGACAACGGACUUGCAUGUGCCUUUCCAGGCGGGCUUCAAGCCGCCGCCGCUCACGUCUCUGGGCAACGUAACGAACAACAACACGAUCACGUCCACAACGGCUGGCGGCGUCACAUUGCCGGGGAUCAAUGCGAAUCCGAUCAAUACGAAUCCGCAAUUCGAUUUGCAUGCCCUGAACUGUGGAGGCAGUGUGCCCGGCAGCGAUACGGAGGAGUCCAAUGGCUCGUGGAACGAGGGCCAGCUGAACGACGACCAAAGCACAACGGAUACUUCUAGUGCCGCGACAGACAGCACCUCGUACCAGAAUGGCGGCCACAUGAUGGGCAACGGCUCCACUGGCGGGGUCAACAACUUCAAGGCUGCCCUGGCGGGUGUCAACAAUAGUGGGCGCGGCUCGAGCCUUGCGGCCAAUUCAACUACCUCAAACAGUGCCACGCCGGCGCGUCGCGGCGGCGGACGUCGUCCCAACAAGGCGGCCAACAUGUCCCCGGAGGAGGAGGAGAAGCGCCGCAUUCGGCGUGAACGCAACAAGCUGGCGGCCGCGCGCUGUCGCAAGCGUCGCGUCGAUCAGACCAACGAGCUAACCGAGGAGGUCGAUGCGCUGAUGAAGAAGGGCGAGGACCUGAAGAAAGAGAUUGAGAGUUUGACUGCGACCAAGAAUCAGUUGGAGUACGUGCUCCAGGCACACAGCUCCACGUGCCAGAAGGUGCGCGACGAUCUACUCACCGUGACCACGUGCAAUGGCUUGAUCGGGCCCACGACGCUGCUCAGCACCAGCAGCGUCAGCCUCCACAACAGCAACAAUAGCAACAACAACAGCAACAGCAAUGACAGCAGCAACGGCACCAUCACCGGCUUCGAUGCCACGCUCAAUUCGACCGGACGCAGCAAUUCACCGCUGGAUCUCAAGCCGAUGCUCACGGAUGAGCAGCUGCUGCAGCACAUCAAGCACGAGCCGCAGGACGGUGCCAUCGACUCGGGCUCAUCGCUGGACCAGGACGGACCGACGCCGGCCAAACGCUUUGCGCUGCCCAACAUUGCCACAUUCAAUGCAUCUCUGCAAACGCCGACGGGCCCGGCCGUUGGCGCCUCCUUGAACACGCCCAUUUCGAGCACGGCACCGACCAGCUUUGCGCACUUCAGCAGCGCCAUCAGCAGUCCCACACUGAACGCCCAUGCGCUGAACAAGCUGCCCAAGCCGCGUCCCAACACGCUCAAUGUGAAUGCGCAGCGUCCGUUUGGCAUCGCUGCUGCCGCCGGCGAUGGCAAGGCGCCGCCCACACAGAUCCAGGGCGUGCCCAUUCAGACGCCCUCGACGGGCACCUUCAAUUUCGAUUCGCUGAUGGAUGGCGGCACCGGACUGACGCCCGUCUCUGGGCCGUUGAUGCCCACCUGCUCCUCCCAGAACAAGCAUCCGCUGGAGCUGCCAACGCCCACAAGUGAGCCGUCCAAGCUGGUUAGCUUAUAACCAGUGUAGGGUGCGUGGCGGUGGCGCGCGUCACUAACGACAGUCAAACAUUACGUUUAGUUUAAUGCGUGUGUGCAGCGUGCAACGUGCCACAUGUGGCAACCAUUUAUGUGCGCCUGCAAGUUAUCAUAAGUAGAGUCAAACAUUACAUUUAGUUUAAUGCGUCAAUGCUGAAUGCCACGAAAGCAAGUCAAACAUGCAACAUGCAACAUGCAACAUGUUACAUGUCACAUGUGGCAACAGCUAUGUUAAUGUUCAUAUACAUACAUAUAUAAAUUAAUGUUUACAUUGAACGAACGCUAAUUAAUUAAGAUUUUUACGCAAUG